UACUCCACCUCUCUGACCGCAACUUUCAGCCACACGAAGCAGACCACGCCAUCUCCCGCGCAAGAUAGCCGCCAACACCUCUCCGCCGCUAUAAUAUACCCGUACACCUUGUCGCCACUUGCUUCUUCACCUCUGAUUCUCUGAACAAAGCCUUCGCUCUCAGGAAAAAAAAAAAAAAAAAAAUCUCUUAUUUUCCUCUUUCUUUUAGCUAUCGGCAGCGAAAUGAGAUUAUUUUUCCAUUGAGAAUGGCGUCUGUUCAAAUGUUGAAGUGCUCCCUCUCUCCAAUCCCAGUUUCCCAGUCGAAUUUUCCCGUAAAAUCCAGCUGGGUUUUCCCGGAAUUUCAGUCCAGGAAAAGUUUAAUCAGGUUGUCAGGAUACAGAGGGUACGGAUAUCACUUGAGAAAUAGGAGGCGGUUUGGGGUCUGCUGCAAAGCUCAAGAAUCUGACAGCAAAAGCAAUGGUGAAGAACCUCCGGAGUCGUUGUUUAUGAAGGAAUUAAGGAGGAGGGGUAUGAAUCCCACUUCUUUGCUUGAGGGAAAAGAGAGGACUGAGUAUGGAAUGAAUGAGGAGAUGAGAAACGAAGAUAGAGGUUUCUCGGCUAGAAAUGCUGUCUCAACCGAAAUUGAGAAAAGCCUAGCAAAUCAAAGGGAGCGGUCCAUGCAGUUGAACAGCGAAGGCCUUGAGACUUGCAGAAGCUCAAGGAAUGUUCAUAACUUCAUUUGUUUACAGGGGUUAAUCCCUCGGGCCAGACUCUUGCUGACAAUCGGAGGGACGUUCUUCUUGGGGUUUUGGCCAUUGAUCCUCAUAACUGUAGCACUCUUCUCUGCUCUCUACUUGUACUUUGGAUCGACUUUUGUCCAUGACGGAAGCAGUUUGCCGAUGUCACCACCCCAAUACAUUGAUCCGUAUGAACUUCUGGAAGACGAAAGGAUUUCUCAAAUAGCACCACGUGUAAAGUGAAGCGCAAGUCCUUCUCAUAACUUAGAAUCCAAAUACAGGUUCCGGCCAACUAUUGUCUAGGCUCUUUUUUAUUCCUUCAAACUGUAUAAAUCUCAAACUUAUCGAUAACUUUGUUUUCUUUUUA